CUGCAGCGCAGAAUUUACAAACAAAAUUAAAAAAAUAAAAGGAAAAAAACUAAUGUGGGCUGCACGUCUUGCAGAGGUCAGAGGUUUGUACACAUGCGACGGAUCUUUCCGAAACACGUUCCUCCCGGAGCCGCGAGCCAAUCAGGAGGCGCGUUUCAUUUCAGGUACCCGGAUGUACCCGUGGGGCAAUUAGCUACGUCAUUGUUCACCGCCGGACACCCGCUGGAAAUAAGGAAUGGAUUUACAACCGCUAUUUACGCCUUCAUAACAGAUUCCAGCUAUGAACAAUGACAAUAGUUGACAAAUCUUCAGAGAAGUCUGACCACGAGUCAGUCGGGUGUAACGGACCCUCCAUCGCCAGUGGAGACGUGGGGAUGGACAGCAGUUGUCCCAGCAGCUGGGCAGUGGGCCCCACCAUGCCCAGCGACUCUCCGAGGCUGAGAUCUCCGGCAGGCUGCCUGGGACCGACGCCUGGAGCUGCUGUCUAUAACGGCACACCCUCCUCUGUGGAACGGCCCAAGGAGCAAGGGAUAAACAAUGGGGAUGGAAUUGAGCUGCCUCAGAAGGUCCUCUUCCCUCCGGAUCGGCUCAACCUGAAGUGGACCCAGGUUCAUCGCAUUGGUGCAGGCCUGCAGAACAUGGGGAACACGUGUUUCCUCAACUCGGCCCUUCAGUGUCUCUCCUACACCCCCCCUCUGGUCAACUACAUGCUGACGCGGGAGCACUCCAAAACAUGUCACGAGCCGGGGUUCUGUAUGAUGUGCACCAUGCAAAACCACAUCGUUCAGGUUUACGCCAACUCUGGGAAUGUCAUCAAGCCGAUCGGUGUACUCAAUGAGCUCAAAAGGAUUGCAAAGCACUUCCGUUUUGGAAGCCAGGAGGACGCGCACGAGUUCCUGCGGUACACAGUGGAUGCUAUGCAAAAGUCCUGCUUGCCUGGAACCAAAUUGGACAGGCACACGCAGGCAACCACUUUAAUCCAUCAAGUGUUUGGCGGGUACUUGCGGUCCAGAGUUAAAUGUUUAAACUGCAAAGCAGUUUCAGACACAUUUGAGCCCUUUUUGGACAUCACUCUAGAAAUCAAGACGGCUUCCAGUGUCUCCAAGGCUCUGGAGCAGUUUGUCAAACCCGAACAGCUGGAUGGGGAGAACGCCUACAAAUGUACCAAGUGCAAGAAAAUGGUCACAGCCUCAAAGAGAUUUACAAUCCACCGCAGCUCCAACGUGCUGACGCUCUCGCUCAAACGCUUCGCGAACUUCAGCGGAGGCAAAAUCACGAAGGAAGUGAAGUAUCCAGAGUACCUGGACCUGCGGCCGUUCAUGUCUCAGUCUCAAGGGGAGAGCCAGCCGUACGGGCUGUACGCCGUGCUGGUCCACUCCGGGUUCAGCUGCCACGCCGGACACUACUUCUGCUACAUUAAGGCGAGUAACGGUCAGUGGUAUCAGAUGAACGACUCCUCCGUGUCCGUCAGCGACGUCAGGACUGUCCUCAACCAGCAGGCCUACCUCCUUUUCUACAUCAAGUGUGGCGAUGGGAAGAAGAACGGAGACUACAGCCACUUGAAUCACAACCCGGGUAUCUCUGGCCAGUCGUCUCCGCGGCCGGUGGUCAUCCCGCGCAGCAACGCCGCCGUGCACAGCAACAACGGCAGCGGCGGCGGCGGCGUGGGCUUCAUCGGGCCGCAGCUGCCUCCUCACAUGAACAAGGGCGCCCUCCACAUCAACGGGAACGGGUCUCUGAGGGACUUCCCCAGCAGCUCCAAGCCCAGCACCAGCAGCGGCGGGAUGGGGAAGCCGGGCCACGGGCCGGCCGCCUCCUCCGUCUCCCACUCCAUCAGCCGGCCCACGGCCAUCCCAGACCACGACAAGCGGCAGAAGCUUUCUUUUUUCAUCGGGCAGAGCAAACCGACCCGGCCGGCCUGCUCUUCCUCCUCCUCCUCCUCCUCCUCCUCCUCCUCCUCCUCGUCCUCGUCUUCGUACAGCCUGCAGUCCUCCGCCAGCAGCUCCUCCUCCAGCGCUCUGUCCUCCUCUCAGUCUACCUCAGACCUUCACUUCGUCCCCCGUCAGCUCAACCACGUCAACGGCACGUCCUGCAGUAACGGGGACGUCCACCCCGGAGGGAACGGCGCGGCGUUCCUGGUGCCGUACGGCCAGGAGUCCUCGGAGGAGUCGGACCAGGAGAACUGCGGCAAUCUGGACAGUAACGGCAUCUUCCCCCACGCUCACCCGAGGGGCGGCAACGCCCCGAGGGACGUCUUCGACACAUUUCCAAAAACCAACGGGGAGUCGGUCGCGCAUCACAACGGUAACGGAUUAUAUGGUCCGUCGUACGGCGCCGCCAAGUCCGCCCCGAACGGAGCUCACUACAAGAUGAACGGACACGGCGGGCCGGACAAGGUUUCUGGUCUUAAUCCAGGAAGUUCCUCCUCGGUGGCGGCUGCUCCCGUCAACGGAUUAAGCAGCGACUGCAGCCAACCACACAGAGAGAGCCGCGGCCCGUCCUCGUCCCAGGCCAGCUCGGCUCCUGCUGCUGCUGAAGGCCAGCUCUUCUCCCCUCCGUGUGGACCCCAGCCCCCCCACGCUGCUUCCGCCGCCGCCGCAGCUCCGCCGCCUCCGGCCUCUGCCGCCUCCCAGCCCGUCCCGUCGACGGAACCCGCCUCCUCCUGCUCUUCCUCCGGGCAUCACGGCAAACCUGUGGCCUUACCCAGCAUCCCCGCCGGCUCGCAGGACUCCCAGGGCUCCCCCGGGGCGUCCGCCGCGCCGCCCAAGGCCGGCGAGAGCAAAGCGCAGGUCAAGAGUCUGCCGCACUGCAACGGGCCGACGGCGGCGCCCGAGACCCGGACCGACGCCAAGGACCAGCACCAGUCCAAGACCGGCUCCCGAGGCGGCGAGAGACAGUCCUCACGAGACCGAGACAGACGGCACCACGACCGGGACCGGGACCGGGACCGGGACCGGGACCGGGAGAGGCACUACAGGGACAGAAGCCACGAAUGGGACGGCGACGGCGACCGGUACCGAUACAGGCGGGACUACAGAGACCACCACUACCACCGGUCCUACCGGGACCGCCUGCCGCCUCCGGACCGCCACCACCGAGACCGCGAGGCGGAGCGGCGCUGGGACCGGCCCGCCCAGCACCCGCGGGACCGCGACCGCGACCGCUGCUCCCACCACUACCACUACUACCGGCACCGCGAGGAGGCGGAGCACGAGCGGCGGCCGCACGGCCACUCCCACCGCCGCGACCCGCACGGCGGCCGCAGGCGGCGCCACGACAGCCGCGACUCCCGGCCCGCCAGGGACCGGAGCGGCGGCCGGGACAGGGACGCUCACGCCUCCAAGGACAGGAGCUCCUCGCCCAAAGGCUCCCCGGCGCCGGCGGGCCGGGCCUCGGACGCCGAGGAGGAGAACCGCAGGAGGAGCGACACUUAUGCAAACAAGGAGAGGGAGGACAGCGCCGAGGAACGCCACUCCAGGAAACACAAAAAGAGCAAGAAGAAGAAGAAAUCCAAGGACAAAGACAGAGACAGCGGAAGCUCGGACGCCGACUCGGACCGAGCCGCCGACACCAAGAAGAAGAAGAAGAAGAAGCGGCGGCACCGCCACAGCGACUCGGAGCCGCGCAGCCCCGCCCCCGCCAGCGGCGAGGAGCGGGAGAGCCGCAAGCGACGGCGCUCGGACUCCAGAGACUCCAAACACGACGAGUUCCCCCCGGACAAACGCCGCCGCACGGAUCAGGCCGACGGCGGCGCCCCCCGCCCCCCCUCACGUCACGCCUCGCCCGCCAGCGGUUCGUCCCACCGCCUCGUCAACGGGUUCACAGGGAGCGGCCACAGUCAGUCCAGUGAAAACUCCAGUGGACCCUCCAGCUGCCUCAAGUACUGACGACCAUCAGCGCCGUUUUUAACAGCAGAGGAAUGGCGCCUGCGCCGUGGUGCUUCUCCAUGCCGACUAAACUCUCUUUUUACCACGACUCAAGUGUUUUCACGCGCAAAAACUGUUCUUAUUAUUUUGGCGGCGUCCGGUCUGACGCGCCGCUAACCCCUGACUGCGGUUUUAAAGGAAGACUGUAACCUGUCGGACAUUUACGAUGAGAAAUAUUAAUAUAUAUAACUUGUAACGAACCCGAAACGAAGCCUGGAGCUUAAAACAUCUCAACUGCUGCUCAGUGGAACUCAGGACUUGAAAACUUGUUCACAUCCCAUCACCGAAACCCGCCUGCCCGGAGCCAAGCAGGAACACAAAAAGGGAAGAAGAAGAAAAAGAAAAAAACUAAAGCAAACACGGAGAACGAAUCAAGUUAAAGAUGUCACCAUAUCUACAGAGCUGCAACGUUUUUAAUUCAACUCUUUCUUCUUUCAAACCAACGGAGGGAAACGCUGGUGAACGAGUGCAUCGCUGACUGAUACCUCCUCCUGAACCCUGGACAGACUUGAGAACAUUUCCCUGCUAUACUUUGCUUCAUGGUUUCUGAUUCACUGUCAUUUUCCCCCCCCCCCAUUAUUAAGACUUUUUUCACAGGAUACUGAAGUUUUCUUUGUCUCCUUUAUUUUAUUUUUAUUUUUUAACAUUUAAAAAGAGAAUCGUCGGAACUUUUUAUCAUGGCUGUGGACCAUUUGUGUUUAGCUUUUUGAUGAAAAAUACCGUUUGUGUCUGCUAGCAUCAUAAAAAAAAAUACUGUGAAUUUAAUUUUCAACUGUACUAUCAGUUAUUUUUUUAUACGUAAAGAUCCUGUAUCAGGAUUCCCAGAGGUUUUGUCAGUUUUGCUUUGUUUUUAGAAGACCUUGUGUUAUUUUCAGACCAUAUUCUCUGGAUUGAAGUCAGUGAUGGGUGUGGUCGGCCGUUUUAUUUGUUUCCGUUUGUUUUUCUCGGCACAGGAGUUGGAAGAAAAACUGCUGUUAUACUAUUAGUUUAGCAUGUCAGAAUUUAUACAUUGUAUGAGGUAAAACGCCUUAAAAAAUACAUUUGUUAAUGUCAGAAAUUGUAA